UUUCGUCGGGUACUUUUCCAAAUUCCUACGAGCCCGCCCCGUCAAACCUGUGCAUGAUUAGAUCGUGGGUGCGUAAACGGCACCUUUCCGAAAUCACAUCGCGCGCCGUUACGGACGACUGUUUCGAUGUAAAUGCCAAACUGGCGUGUCGGACGAACAAGGCAGGAAGUAAUCGAAACACACCAACGAGUCUAGAAUGACGAUCAACUGCACGGAUUCAUUUUUUGCGGGCUAUGAGCUGAAGGAGCUGAGCUUCGGAUGGACCGAUUACACUCUUUUUGGCGGUCUACUGGGCGUCAGCGUGCUCAUCGGCGUCUAUUUCGGUUUCUUUAGCACGAAGCAGGACAACACCACCGAGUACCUGCUCGGCGGCAAGACCAUGUCCUUCGUGCCGAUCAGCAUGAGCUUAAUAGCAAGCCACAUAUCGGGGGUGUCGUUGCUCGGGGUGCCCUCCGAGGUGUAUCAGUACGGGACGCAAUACGCGGCGUGCGUUUUUACGUCUUUCCUAACAUGCUCCAUGAUCGUAUGGAUAUACCUGCCAGUAUUCUACAAGCUGCAACUCACCAGCACCUUCGAAUACUUGGAGAUGCGGUUCGCUAGGCCGGUGCGGCAAUUGGCAUCGUUUCUUUACACCCUCUCGCUGGUCGUUUACGUGCCGUUGAUCAUCUACGUGCCGGCGUUGGCAUUCUCGCAGGCGACCGGUAUGAAUCUGCACUUCGUCGCGCCGGUGAUAUGCAUGGUGUGCAUUUUUUACACGACAAUAGGAGGUCUGAAGGCUGUCGUAUGGGCGGAUACGGUUCAGAUGACGGUGACUGUUGGAAGUCUCAUUGCCGUUUUGAUCCUGGGGACCAUCGCCGUGGGCGGCGUCGGCGAGACGUGGAGAAUCGCCCAGGAGGGCAGUAGAAUCGUAUUCUGGAACAUGAAUCCGAGUCCCUUCGUUAGAAAUUCAUUUUGGGGUAUGUCGGUGGGACUGACGAUGACAUGGCUGGCAUCUUUAGGUAUCAGUCAAGUCUCUAUGCAAAGGUUUUUGGCGGUACCAAAUAUCAAGGAAGCCCAAAAAUCAAUAUGGUUCCUGGCUGUCGGUCUAGUGGUCGUAAAACUAAUGUCCGUUUUCACCGGCCUCAUAAUGUACGCUAGGUAUCACAAAUGCGAUCCCAUAGCCGCGCACGUUGUAGCAAGAAGCGACAAGAUAUUGCCGUAUUACGUGCUAGACGUAGCCGCGAACGUUCCGGGACUUCCUGGCCUCUUUCUCGCCGGCCUGGUGAGCGCUGGUCUCUCGACGAUGAGCGCCGGGUUGAACACAGUCACCGGCACGAUUUACGAGGAUUUCAUCGAUCCCUGGAUGCCAGAGAGCAAUGACAAAGAGACCAAAGCCGCCAACAUUAUGAAGGUGACGGUGGUUAUUUUAGGCUUCCUAUGCGUCGGUAUGGUGUUUCUCGUGGACCGCUUGGGUGAUAUCUUCCAGUUGUCUCUGACCGUGACCGGUAUCACUGCCGGCACUAUGCUCGGCCUAUUCUCGUUGGGGAUGUUGGUGCCUUGGGCGACGACCAAGGGCGCGGUAAGCGGCGGCUUGGUCUCCAUGAUAAUGAUGAUGUGGAUCAUUGUCGGCGCGCAAUGGCACAUGGUCAAUCAUCAUUUCUCUUAUCCGUCGCUUCCCACCACGACCGAAGGUUGCCUGCAUGCGCCCGCAAGUCUGUUCAACCAAACGAUGACGACGAUUAUCACUACCAGUACCACCACACAGAAUCCAGUGCAGAUCGAACCUGCGGAUGAGCCCUUCUUCAUAUACAGGAUAUCCUUCAUGUAUUACACGCUGUUGGGGGCUUUGAUUGUAAUGGUGAUUGGCACAAUAGUCAGCUUCAUCUGCGGCGCGCCUGACUUGGGUGACAUCGACCGAGAUCAUUUCCCGCCAUUUGUCACCAGAUUUAUGCCAACGAAAAAAUACAUGGAAGUGUCAUUGCAUACAAUACCGACUGCGCUAGUAACCAAUCCCGAGAAGGAAGAAUUGAAAUCUUAAAGGAAGAAUACCUCAUCGCCUGUCUCAUCUGUCUCCCCGUCCGCGAGCGUUACGAGAUUUUAUUACGGCGAAAGGGUGUAACGCGUACCCGAUCUGCUUUAUCAAAUCGCUCGGUCACGUGUCCAAUGAUCUCCAUAACGAUAUUACAUAUUAUAUAUAAUCGAAUUACGCUAAUGGUUUAAAUGUUCCAUUGUACAGCGAAUUUACAUGCGAAGACUGUAUCAUUUCGCGGGUUAGUCUGCGAUUUGUUGAAACGUAUCGGGCUCGACACGAAGGCGCUCAUAGAUUCUUGUAAACCGCCCGAGAAGGGAAGCGACAAUCAAUAAAUUCCCAAUCAAUC